UUUUCUGGAAAAGAUUGACAACUAUGAGAGGCACCUAGUAAGCGACUUUCGGAAGGUGGAAAGAAACUGGAGUAGGGUGGGGGAGGGAGGUAUUAAAAAAAGAGAGAAAAGAGAUACGGUGAGAGUAAUACACUUUGUUUUGAAGAAAGCGAAUGGAAGCAGAGUAAUUUGCACCUGUGUAUAUGUUGUAUUUACUUAGAGAUAUAAUGGAAUAAUAGCGCAGCCGCAAUCCCUCUCCUUUUCGAAGUUGCAAGGUGACAACCGCUUUUGGGAAAUACUGGAGGUACUAGCAAAGUACGAAGUGGAAUUAAGUGCAUAUUCACUAUACUACUGUCGAUGUAUCUUGUUCCCAACUAGGAAAAGCAUGGUUUCGUCUUUACACCACGGAUGUUUGCCACUCUGCCCUGUACAGAGUACCCUGUCAGUAUAGCUAACGCAUUGCCGCCGACAACUGGCAGCAGACGUGUUACUUUCUUACUGUGGAAAGUAGUCGAGCUCCGAGUUGAACUUUGGAGUAGGUUUCCGAGGUGCGGGCACCUCCAUCAUAACGGCGGCAAACUUGGGAUCAGGGCUUUUUGACGGGAUAGUUUUAAAUUGGGAUGGUAUCCUGUACGGCAGAAACUGCUGCAGCUUAUUGAGUGGCAGCCGAGUUAAUUCCCAAAUACUACUUCAGACUGUUUUGGUUGUGUCAUUUUCUCCGCUUGGAUGGUAGUACGUAUGCACACACACAUACUAGAAGAGUAAAUGUCAAUGGCUACUGAGAACGGCGCUGGCAACACACGGUUGCAACUGGACACUGCUACAACAGCUGAAUCCAGGAUUGGCAGAAUUGAUCCGUAUGGCUUUGAAAGACCAGAAGACUUUGAUUAUGAAUUCUAUGAAGAAUUUAUGUCACAGUAUAUGACAGUUCUUACUAGAAGAGCAGUCAGGUGGUCCAAGCUCUUAAAGGGGAACAGAAGAUUCGAGAGAUCUUUAAAGGUGAAAAGAUUUGUUCGGAAAGGCAUUCCUAAUGAACACCGUUCUAUGGUUUGGAUGUACUUGAGUGGUGCUCAGGCACAUAUGGAACAGAACCCCGGAUACUAUCGCAGGCUACUGGAAGGAGAAAAGAAUGCUCAGCUGGUAGAGACGAUUCAUACAGAUCUUCACAGAACAUUUCCUGACAAUGUAUUGUUCCGGAAAACUUCAAACCCUUGUUUACAAAAAAAUCUUUUCAAUGUAUUAGUGGCAUAUGGACAUCACAACAUUAGUGUUGGGUAUUGUCAGGGCAUGAAUUUUAUAGUUGGAUAUUUACUCCUUAUAACUAAAGAUGAAGAGAAGUCCUUCUGGCUGCUUGAUGCUUUGAUUGGAUCGAUACUCCCAGAUUAUUACAGUCCAGCAAUGAUAGGGCUGAAGACAGAUCAGGAGGUCCUGGGACAACUGGUGAAGAUUAAAAUUCCAGCUGUAGCGGAACUGAUGGAAAAACAUGGUGUAAUGUGGACACUGGUGGUAUCCCGCUGGUUUAUAUGCUUAUUUAUCGAUGUUCUUCCAGUAGAGACUGUUCUUCGAAUCUGGGACUGCAUGUUUUGUGAGGGAUCUAAAAUAGUCUUUCGUGUGGCCUUGACUUUAAUUAAGCACUACCAAGAUGAAAUCUUAAAAGCCAGAAACUUCCCUGAUAUCUGUGACAAAUUCAAGAAGAUCACCAAGGGACCACUGGUCACAGAUUGUCAUAUCUUCAUAAAGAGCUUAUUUACAGAGCCUGGUACUCUGUCCAGAGCGACAAUCAACAAACUAAGAGAGCAGUGCAGAGCUCAAGUACUUGCUCAGGGAUAAUUCACUGUUAAGUUUCUGAAAAAGAAAUCCCUUAAUGAAGUCUUAACAUUCCUUACUACAAAUAUUGCACUGAGUACAUCUGGGCUUACAAGGUGUUCUUGACUGUUAGCUAAUAAAAUGACCAACUUUACUGCCUUCAGAAUAUUUUUUGAUACUAUGGAAUCUGUAUAAUUGUGACUGCACUACAUUUUUGAAAUAAAUCUUGGUGGUUGAAAAUUUGAAUAUAAGCAAUUUGCAAUAAUAUAUUUAUAGUUCCUGAAUACUGUUCCGUUUUUGCUGCAUUUUCCCUUCAUAAAUUAUUUCUAGUUUCUCACUCUAUUAUGAACUAAUGUUAACUAGUUUGUAAUACUCAGAUCUUUAAUACAGCAAACAGUUUAAUCAUUGCUAAAUAUGUAUAUACUGUUGUUUCAAAAUAUGAAACUACAUUUCUAAAAAAAGCUGAUUUUCAUUGAUUACAGAUGUAUUAAUUUAAAGAGGACACAUUAACUCUGAACGGGUACUGUUUAAAAAUGUGACAGUUCUAAUAAAAUAAUGUCACUUUCAGUUUCA